UAAAAACAACUGUUUGUAACAACUACAAAAACAACUGUAACAAUACAUAUUUAUAGAUUUUAAUAGUGCUAUGUGCGCACAACUAUAUUUGCCCAAUUGUUGCUGCAAAUUGCAUGAAAAAACAAAAUACUUGCUAUCCCUACACACGAAAAAUGGCAUUCUCUAAUAAAUGUAAUGAUAUCAUAACUCUUUUGCGCCACAACCCAUAGCUCUCAACCCGUUCGAUAAUUUCCGUUGUUUUCCGACCAAUGACGGAAGUCUGCGUUUUGCUCACAGCUCACAACGUCUCUCUCUUUACUGUGUUUUCGAUGUCGUUUCUACCUGCUGCGGCGACUGUAUCUCCCACAGCCCGAUUUGGUCCCACCGCGGUCGGGUCGACUUUUGGAUCCGGUCCGCUUUUCUCAGAGUCACCACCGACCGACAGCUCAGAGAUGAAAAAUGUAGAUAUGAGUUCAGAGGUGCAGUCUCGGUUAGCAGCGCUGUCCGUCUCCUCCUUCCCAGGAAUAACUUCCCAGAGCUGCCAGCACGGCUCCCAGGAGAGAUUUCAAAGCACAGAGACGUUACAGCCUCCUGAUAACACCUGCAGCCCUGAGCAGCAAACCACCAAGGUGAACGAUCUGAGUCUAUUGAACCAGCCACAGCUCUCUUCAGAGACCCAAGAAGGCUGUGCCAGCUCCAGUUGCCCGCUCAGCACCCAAAAUUCACUUGGCGACUCCGCGGUGAUCCACUCGGACCACAAUGGUGUGGCAGAAGCGGCACCCGAGGCUCCGUUAGGGGAUGAGAAAGCUCACUUGCCUCCACUGGCACCCCCCUUGACCUGGACCUCCCCGGCCAUCCAGGAGUUCAAGGCGAAGCUGCGGCAGGAGAAGGAGGCGGUUCUGACAGUGUAUCGCGGAGACGUAGUGACGGUGCAUGUACCGACUGUCCCGGAAGGGAAGCGUAUUUGCUGGGAGUUUGCCACUGAUAACUACGACAUCGGCUUCGGGAUUUACUUCGACUGGAUGCCUGUGACGAGCCGAGUGAUCACCGUGCAGGUCAGCGAGUCGAGCGACGACGAGGACGAUGAAGGGGAGGUGGAAGGUCCUGUAAGUCCAGGAGAUAUAGAAAGGGGAUCGAAAGCCUGCCCUAUCUCUCGCCUUGGUGAGAUUUUACCAGUGUACCGACAAGACAGCCACUUAGCAGUGCAGGCUGGCCAUCACGAAUACCCAGGUGAAGGAACAUACCUGCUCAAGUUCGACAACUCAUACUCACUGUGGAGAAAUAAAACUCUGUACUACCGUGUAUAUUACAGUGAUUGAGACCAGAGCAGCGGCUUGAUAAUGAAUGUUUUGAAAGAUCUAUUUUUAUGUGUUGUGAAAUAGCGUUUAUGAAGCAGGGGUAGGUGCAGUGUAUCGUUUGUUUUAAUUUCUCAAAUAAUUGUUGUGAUGUGUAUUACCGUAACUGUACUAGAGACUUCAAAUAGGACCACAAAUCCUUGCAGUUUUUAGAAAGCGCUUUCAGAAGUAAAUGAUGUGUUACAUAGCCUGGUAGUUCAGUAUUUAGUCUAGAGGCCAGUGUCCUCGGUUUCAGUUUUGCGCUAAUGAGACAGAUCCUGACUGUAUAAACAGGGUUGGUUUGACACGUCUGAUGUGCAGAGGAAGGAAAGGCUCCCGCACACAGCAUUCAUCAGCACACACAAGGGCUAUAGAACCUGAGAGGCUCCCAUGGAUUUCUUCUUGUUUUUCUAGUGUUUGCAAUCCAGCUACCCGAGAGGUUUUCACUGGCUGUGCUGAAAUGCUGUGUUUUUGUAUGUUUUGAUAGGUCUAUGUUAAGGUAUCUGACUAUUCAGGAGCUCCUCUUUAGGUUUGCUUGCCAGCCAUAGACUAUGUAAUGUAGGCUAGAUUGGCCAAUGUGCCUUUACAUAAGACAAUACCAGCACCCUCUGUUGCACAGUAGCAACAAAAGUAAACUUGAUCCAUUGUAGCAGAUUGCAAGAUGACGCUGAGUCUUCUUUUUAAGAUGACAAUCUGUCUAUGUUACAAAUAUCUAUGGCAGACUUACCAAAAAAAACCCACAGUAUUUAAGUACCAUAUUCCUUCGAAUUUAAGACACAGACCAAAUUUCCCACCCUUUAAGGAAAAAAAUAAAACAUCAAAUAAAUCUGCAUUUAGAAAGAUACAACCCCAAUUACACAUAGAGAGGCAGUUUGGAUCCGUUUGCUGUCACACAGAGCAUUAC